GGGCUACCCAUCUAUUGCAUAAGUCUUGAUGGAGGAUUGGGGAGAAGGUGAACUAAGGGCAUCGACCUGUGUAAAGAUGAGGGAGAGACAAUCAAGGCCAUUCAUGAUCAAGUCUGACUACCUAGAGGAGUGUUGUGCAUCAUCGGUUCGACAUGACUCAAGAGACAGUAAACCAUAGACAUGGUAGAGAGGUGUGGGGAUUGUAGAAAAUAUGAAGAGCAUAUCUACUGGAACCAUCACGAUGUGCGUUUUUUUCAGCCUAUGUACACUGACUCCUUCAGAAGCCUUAGUAUCCCGAGGAAGUUUGUGCAGCAGUUCAGAGAGGAAUUAUCUGACACCAUCACUCUCAAGGGUCCCAGUGGUUACAUGUGGGAUGUUGGAUUGAUUAGAACAGAUGAUGAAAUGUCCCUACAAAAUGGUUGGCGAGAAUUUGCAGAAGAGCACUCUUUAGUAGUCAAUGAUCUAUUGGUAUUCACAUAUGUUGGAGAUUCUCAAUUCGACGUCUUAAUUUUCGGUCGUGGUGGCUGUGAGAAGGUCGGAUCAUAUUUCAUUAGAAAAUGUGGGACUAACCAAUAUAAGAGCAAGUGCCAGCAGAAAGAAGAAGCAAGCAAGGAUUUCACAGGACCUUCGCAUGCCCGAAUGGAGAAUGCGAGGGACAGCCAAAAGACUCCGGACCAAUCAACUCAUUUCAAGCAUCCUCAAUCUAAUGGAAAGGCAGUGAAAGAAACUCAAUAUGUUCUGAGGAGGGGUAACAGAAAAAUUGGAAGCAGAGGAUUAUCUGUUGAUACUGAGAGUCGAAACAGUGAACUUAAGUCUUCCAAAACCGGGAGGUGUGAUGUUAAGCAACGAUUGGAUUUAACACCGCUUGAUGGAUGCCUAUCAUAUCCCUUGCAUUUUAUAUCGAACAGGAGACCUGUAACUGAGGAAGAAAGAGAUCGAGCAUGGCAGUUAGCUUCAGCAUUCAAAACUGUUAAGCCUUCUUUUAGAGCAGUCAUGCGAUCGACUCAUGUUUGCAGAAGAUUUUAUAUGACAAUACCUGCUGAAUUUGUGAGGGACCAUCUCAACUAUAAAUCUCAACUGGUCACCAUCAGUAUCCCAAGUGGGGAAACAUGGCCCGUUUUCUAUCGUCACAGAAAUACAGGACUAUCUGGACUAGGCAAAGGAUGGGCGGACUUCGUCUUUGACAACAAUUUGGAGGAAGGAGAUGCGUGUGUCUUCGAGCUCAGCAGGAAAAGGGAACUGAUAGUCUUGAAUGUUCACAUCUUCCGAGUCGUCGAAGAAGUGGUGCCUCCGAUUCAAUUUACCAACCUAUCAAUGAAAAAGAAAUUAUUGAACACCAGUAAGAGAGGAACCCGCAAAGGAAGGUGGACUCGGAAGCCCAUGUGAGUUGAAUACAAUUUCAGUAAUGCAUUUUGAACAUAAAACAGUAUUUUGCAACUACAGCUAGCCAUACCAUAUAGAAAGGAAAUGAUACAGUUCUACAUGCUGUGUGUGAAUCUACAUAAUACAUAUACACAUGCUAAUGGGUCAGCUUGUUCUUAAACCCUCCUUUUUUUUUUGUUUGAUUCUACUGUAUUGGCUGAUAUACCAUCCUAUGUAAUCAUCACUGUUCAUACUAGUUUUAAACUAGCUUUAAAUUAUAAGCUGGUAUGAUAAAGCUUUGAUCUUUUUCUAUGCAAAACUAAUGUUGGAUU